AUGAUAUAUAAUAUAUCACUGACAAAAUGUCAACACUGGACAAAAUUCGCAGAAUUUACGAAGUUCUGGAGACACAAAAAAAGUUUGAUCGAGUUCUUAAGAAGGUUAAAAUAGUUGCUGCUGAACCAGGUAAAGUUGUCGCAGAGUUAAUUGUAGAAGAAGAACAUCAAAAUGCUAGUGGUACUUUGCAUGGUGGAUUUACAGCUACAUUAAUUGAUGUUUUGACAUCAUUGGCAUUAGUGAGUGGAGAAAAUGGUCGUCCUGGAGUCAGUGUUGAUCUGAAUGUCAUGUAUAUUGGAACUGCAAAGAUUGGAGAUCUUGUGACAAUCACUGCUGAGGCUUUGAAAGUUGGCAGGACCAUGGGUUUUGCUACAGCCGAACUGAAACUACCAGAUGGUAAACUUGUUGCCAGGGCUAACCAUACAAAGCACUUAGGACCAUCGCUCUGAGCACCAUAUAAAUUUAAGGCUUUGACUGUAUCUCAACAAAAAGGUGAUGUUCAUGAUAUCAUCUGAAAGUGUCAUUCCAUAUAAGCCUUAAAAAUACUCCAAAUUACCAAGUAUAAAGAGGAAAAUUUGUUGGGGGGAGGAGGGAGUUUAUUGCUUUUUAAGGAAGAGAAAGGACUAGAAAAUAGAAUAUUAUCAACAAACUAAA